AUGCUUCAAAUUGAUAAUUCAUACACUCGUGUAGCUGAAAUCCAUAAGCAGGUCGUUGAUAUGUAUGACAGUAAUGAGACAUUUGGAGACAGACUGCAGAUGGACAGUCAAACUGGAUCUCUGACCAUCAGAAACAUCAGAACUGAACACUCUGGACUUUAUAAACUACAGAUCAUCAAAGGAGGCAUCACAUACAAGAGUUUUUCUGUUGCUGUCUAUGCUCCUCUUCCCGUUCCUGUCAUCAGAGACACUUCAAACUGUUCUUCAUCAUCUAAAUGUUCAUCAGUGUCCAGAUGUUCAUUGCUGUGUUCAGUGGUGAAUGUGGGUCAUGUGACUCUCUCCUGGUACAAAGGACACAGUUUAUUGUCCAGCAUCAGUGUGUCUGAUCUCAGCAUCAGUCUCUCUCUUCCUCUGGAGGUGGAAUAUCAGGAGAAAAACACCUACAGCUGUGUGAUCAACAAUCCCAUCAGAAACCAGACUCAACACUACAUCAACAUUGUUUUUGGAAAAUGGAAGCAGUUCUGAACCCGGUUCUUGGUUAGACCUAUACCCUCGUCACGAAUCUGGUCUGCACUCCCAUUCAUUCACCACUAGAGGUCACCCACUCACCACAUGGACUCUCACGGCACACUGGACUCAAUUUCCCAUCAUCCAUUGCACUAAUUGAGCACACAGCUGUAGGCACUAAUCACACGCACACCUGAUCCCACGCACACACUGAUCACACACCUUAUUUUAACCCUGGACUUUCUCUGCCACACUGCCGAGUAUUGUAUGCGUUUACCGCUCUCAUAGCCGUAGCUACUCUACUGAGCCCCUGUUAGUUUUCCUAGUUUUGCCCUGCCUGUUUUUCCCGUGUUUGUUUCUAGCCCGUGUUCCCUGGAUUAACCCUUGCCUUGCCGUUUGGACACUGUUUGCACCCCUAUUGGACUCUAGCCCGUUUUACCUGGAUUAUCUC